AUGAAUGCACUGACAAUUCCCACGACCCGACCUAACGCCCCAAGAUCCCCAACGCCCAUAAUAGACAAAUUCGUCGAACUCGCCAAGGAAAAGGGGACUCCAGUCAUUGCCGUCAUUUUCAAUUAUCGACUAGGCCUUCCGGGUCUUUUGACGUCGCAAGAACUGCGAGAAGCCGGUUAUCCUGCAAACAACGCACUUCUUGACCAAAAGACUUGUUUCCGAUGGCUUAAAAAAUACAUUGGAGGCUUCGGUGGUGAUCCGGACUCCAUCACGGCCGUUGGUCAGAGUGCUGGAGCAAUAUCUAUCUGCUAUCAUUUGCAAUCCUCGGAGCCUCUUUUCAGUCAGGCUGCAAUUUUAGGUGGCUCCACCUUUGUUCAAAGUCCUGCAUCUCUCGACACUGCUGAGGCGAUAUACAACAAGGUCACAGACUCCCUUAAACAAGCCGACCUAUCACCAAAUGACCGGAUUAACGCAUUGGUGACAGCGAAUGAGGAUGAAAUCUUGGGCCAGGCUGACUUCACCUUGGGGCUCAAUGUUGUGGCUGAUGGGCAGGUGGUUCCAGACGCCGUCUCCUUUGACGGAUUGCUCAAAGAUAGCGACACCAUCUUCCCGGGCAAACAGUGGUGUGAGCGCUUGCUCAUCGUCCAAGGAAAUUUCGAGUCUUCUAUCAUGGGUUUCCUUGUCCUGGCGCCUAAGAAGAAUGGAAUAGCCAAGGUCUUCUGCGACUCUAUGACGCAAACGUUUGAAUCCAACCCCGCUAUCGAACAGCUCCUCCAUUUGUACGAGUUGUCAGUCGAUACUGAUGACGACGCGGCGCUCGUUUUCAUUACGGCUUAUCUGAACGACCUCUUCUUUUACACACCUGCUUGCCUCCUGGCUACACUGUGGCCGAAGGGCUACGUGGGAAAUUUUAACGAGGGUAAUCCCUGGGACGGUCCCAAUCGCGGAAAAAGCAAUCACAUGCUCGAUACAGCGCUUCUUUGGCAGCAGUACAAUGAUCGGUUAUCGCCGUCACAGGUAGGCGUUGCCGAGGCAUAUGCUACUGACCUGGCCGCUUUCGUGGCCGGCCUGAAUAAAUUUCCUCUAUUCAAGGAAAGCAAUCAGCUAGUUGUGUGGGGUCCAAGCGAUGGAGGCGUGACUCGUCAAGUUGCUAGCAGAAGUGAGGCGGCUUCCGGACGGAGGCCGGAAUUCUUCGGCAUCAUGGAAGCCUUGGGUGGCUUGCCCGCCCUGUUUGCGGCUCAUAGGGCGUUUUGUGAUAAUUUGUAUAGUGCUAGUAGAUCCCAAAGCUAA